GUUACUAUAGCAACAACCUCUCGCGCACAUCCGCCGCCUCCACCAACGUCUCGCACGGAUCCGCGCGACCCUCUCCCCCUCCCCACCGCAUAACAGCAUCCCUCUGUCAACAGGAUAUGUCCUGAGACGGAAAUACGACGGGGGAAGGAAAAUGGCGCUCAUCCCAUCACAGAUCCUCAGAGUAGCGAUACUCCUCUCUUAUUUUUCCAUCCUCUGCAAUUACAAAGCCAUAGACAUGCCCGCGCAUCAAACAUACGGCGGUAGCUGGAAGUUUCUUACAUUCAUAGAUUUGGUCAUUCAGGCGGUGUUCUUUGGCGUGUGUGUCCUGACUGACCUCUCAAGCCUUUUGACAAAAGGCAGUGUCUGUAUGGAGCAAGAGAGACAGUUGAGGAAGCUCAUUGGCUUGCGAGACUGGAUGAUGGCUGUUCUGGCCUUUCCUGUUGGUGCGUUUGUAGUGACUAUGUUCUGGACCCUUUACGUGUAUGACAGAGAUUUGGUAUAUCCAAGACUCCUGGACAACUUCAUACCUCAGUGGCUAAACCAUGGCAUGCACACAACAGUUCUUCCUUUCAUCAUAAUUGAGAUGAGAACAACAUACCAUCGAUAUCCCAGCAGGACCUGUGGACUCUUCGCGGUCUGCAUGUUUGCCUUGGGAUAUGUUGUAUGGAUGUGCUGGGUGCACUGCAUGACAGGGGUGUGGGUUUAUCCGUUGCUGGAUCACAUUGGGCCCAUGGCCAGAAUUCUCUUCUUCAUCUGCCUCACGGCUCUGAUCAGUGUCUACUACGUCUUGGGAGAAAUCCUGAACAACUACAUCUGGGAUUCCUCAAAGAGUACAUAUACAUCCCGCUUAGCUUCCUGAUGCACCCACGCACACUCCUCCACCUGUUAGCGCUAUAGACUGGGAGAAGUGCAUCGUGGGUGUAGUGCUACCGAAGGCAGCGCGCAGCAGAUGAGAACAGAGCCCGUGAGCAGUCUGAGAGCAGCAGACGGCGAAGGCUUCUCUUCCUCCCACCUGUUUGACACUGACCUGCAAAUCAACAAAGCAGUACACACACACAUACACACACACCUCAGGCUCACUCUUAUGGAGCUGAUGUAUGUGCCUUGAUCCUCAGUACAAGAUCUCCCUCUUAUGUCCAAAGCAGCAGUAGCGUAAUCUCCGACAGCCCCUGCAGCUAAACUAUCCAGGAACACAUCCGUCACUAAUGCUUUGCGCUGUUCUUCUCACGGUCUCAUGGUUCGAACAGCUAAAAAACAAAAAAAUUAGUUGCCAAGAGAUCACGGAUCUUACAUAUGCACUAAUGCAGUCACUGCAGUAUCCAACAAUUAAUGAAAGAAAUUGUUACUAAAGAAACUAUUACUACUGAUGCUUAUUUUUUUAAUUAUCAGCACCUGGAAAAUUCUGCUGAAGUUGCAAGCAAGCCCCACGUGAUAAAAUAGAAUUUUAUAUGAUAAUUUAAUGGCAACUCUUUAUAAUAAGGUUCAAUUUGUUAUUAAUGCAUUUGGUGUCACAAACA